AGUGGUGGAAGCCUAUAUAUUCGUCCUUGUGCCCCCCGUCAAUCCUCCUUGAGAUUCUUCUUCUCUUUUUCUUUUUCCUUUCAUCAUGUCCGAGCAGACCAACAAUCCUUCCUCCAACCCUUCCACCCCUCAACAAGAGAACACUCCAGGCUCCCCCCAGCCCCAGGAGGAAGACCAUUCCGAGCAGCAGCAGCAGCAGCAACAACCUGACCAGUCCAAGGAAGAAGACAACAAGGACAACAACGAAUCGGAGCAAAAGCCCGACGAGGAAAAGGAAGACGAUAAGGAUAAGGAUCAAGAUCAAUCCCAAGAACAAGAUCAACCCCAAGACCAAGAACAAUCCAAGGACCAAGAUAAACCCGAGGAGAAGUCUCAAGAACCCGAGAUAAAGCAAGAAGAAGACGAAGAAGGAGAAGCAGCCGAACCCCAGCCCAAGACAGAAGAAAAAGAAGAGCCCCAACCCAAGAAAGAAGAGCCCGAAUCCGACGCUCCUCAACCCAAGCAAGAACCCCAAUCCGAAGAAGCCGACAGCAAACCCAAGAAGGACCCGCAGCAGCGCAAACGCCGUUCGCGUCCUCCCCAGAAACUUCACAGACAACAAGAAGAAUCCGACACGGAAUCAAUUCCCCGCAACAACAUGGACAACGGAGCCGUUGAGAAGCCCCGCGGCCAGGACGGCGGUCUGGGCGGCCUCCCCGGGGUCGGGCAGGCGGGCGAUCUCGUCCAGAACACGGCGGGUCAAGCCCUGGGCGGAGUUACCGGCGGAGCGGGCAAGACCGUCGGCGGCCUCCUCGGCGGCGGCGGCAAGCAGGAGGAAGGCGAUGGCAAGGACGAACAAUUGCGACUGCGUCUGGAUCUCAACCUGGACAUCGAGGUCCAAUUGAAGGCCAAGAUUCACGGUGAUUUGACUCUGGGCUUGUUUAGCUAACCACGUCCGAAAACUCACCGUAGGAACUAAACCACGACAACACCCCUUUUUCGAUUCGGAAUCCGCCCUCCCCUUCCCGUUUUUCCCACACUUUCCUGACUUUGAAGCUUCAUUUUCUAUUUUCUUUUCUUUUCUGGUUCUUCGUUCUCCUGCAGAAUGAAAAAUCGAGGGUCUCGAUAGAAAAAGUGUUAUCCCACACGGUUCCUCCCCCAAACAACACACCACACCCUAGCGGGUGGUGUUUCAUGCUUAUGCCUUGACGGUUUUGAUACCUCCACUUUUCUUUCGCCUUGAGAACUUUAUUUCGUCGUUGUGCUUGGCUUCUAGUUUUCUUGAUUGUUUCUUCAUCGUGCCUGCAUCCUCCUAGAAGAUAUUCGCGUGUAUGUGGGUGUGU